UUACCGCCUCAAAGGCUCAGUGUUAAGGUUAGCGUCGUCUUAACGUUACCCGUCACAGACGAAGCGGGAAAGAGAAGACGAAGCCUGCCGCUCGUGCUUCUCUCACUAUAACGGAACACAGAAGGAGGGGCGGUCGCAUUACGGGCAACCCUUUGUUGGUAUUUUCUGAAGGCUCGAGGGGCAACUGCGAGUGUGCAAAAAUAUGUCAGGCCGUAAAGAAACUGUUUUAGAUCUGGCAAAGUUUGUUGACAAGGGUGUCCAAGUCAAACUAACUGGUGGAAGACAAGUGACAGGGACAUUGAAAGGAUAUGACCAGUUACUGAACCUUGUACUGGAUGAAGCUAUAGAAUUUCUAAGAGAUCCGGAUGAUCCACUGAAGACAACUGAUCAGACACGUCGUCUUGGUUUAAUAGUAUGUAGGGGAACAGCGGUGAUGCUUGUAUCCCCAACAGAUGGUACAGACGAGAUAGCCAAUCCCUUUGUCCAGCCAGAUGGGGCUUAGUCUAUAUCUAAUAAUCCCUUUAAUUACCAACCCUGCUAAGUAAAUGUUAGUGUUCCCUGCUCUUGAAUUUGUAUCUAUCUGUUAAUUUUGAGUUGUCAGUUUGUUCAAAGGCAGGGAACCCAACUAGAACACACCUGGAAUUAAAUGAUCUUGGGCCUCGUGAUAUUUAACAUGCAAAUAUGCAGUACAUUUUCUGAUUUUCAUGUAAAUUGGUUGCUGAAAUUCCAGUGCUGAAUGAGAACUGUUCCCCAGCAGAAUAUUGAUUUUGCUGGACGCCUUUGACUAAUCCAACGGUGCCUAAAAUAUUUAAGAUAUGGUUAUUUACUUGUUA